AUGGCGUCGCCAAUUCUGCGCUUCAUCAACGCUCACCACGUGCUCAACACCAUGCUCAUCCUCGCCUAUCCCGCGUGGUUCCGCGCGUGGGCGAGGGUCACCUUCCCCGACAACCUCGACGCCCUCGAGCUCUGGGAGAAGCAGUGCGGCAUCUCGUGCGCCGUCAUCCUCCUCGUCCGAGGCCUUCGCGCCGAGUCCCUCGAUCAGUUCGUCAGCACGGUGUUCUUCUACUGCAAGGCCGUCGGCGCUCCACUCGCGUACUUCGCGGACCCGCUGGACCCCGACGGCCCGGGCGGCAGGUGCGUCGCGGUGUACCUGGCGCUCGUACUCAUCCUGCACCUGUUCGUGGGACACCCGACGCACGAUUGGUUACCCUCGAAGAUCGUCGCGCUGACGCCGCGGACCUUCGAAGACGACGUCAUGUCCGACAAGGAGUCCAAGGAGUCGGAAAAGGCGAGCGGCAAGUGGAAGAAGGUGGAGUGGCUGGUUCUCUUCUACGCCAAUCACGACGCGCGAAGCAGCCACGUGGCGCCCACGUUCGCGAAGAUUAGCGACGAGUUCGCGACGGACGGGUUGCGGUUUGGAAAGUUGGACGUCGCUCGGUGGCCGGCGACGGCGCGGCGAAUGAACAUCGACGUGGAGGCCAUCGGUCGCGACGCCGUGGUGCCCACGAUCAUGCUCAUCAGCGGCGGGGAGGAACGGCUGAGGCUGCCGGAGGUUUACGACGACGGAACGCGCGUGAAGUUUCCGGUGCAGCGCACGCGGAGGGUGGACAUCGUGAAGGGGUUCGGGCUCGAGGAGAGGCAUGCGAAGACCCGGCCGAAAGACCGAGACGCCAAGAAGAGGGACUGA